AUGUUCAGCUAUCGCCUGGAAAUGAUGCUCCUGCUGGGCCAGCUGUGCCUUCUGAUCUCUGGCUAUCCCCUUGGGGAGGACCUCUCGGCUGGCGUGCACUCCGCCGGACUCCUGGGCAGCUAUGCCGGUGGCCUGACAGGCGGCGAGGCCCUCUCCAAGCUGGACUUUAGCUCCGAGGUGUCCUCCCACGAGUUUGGCGGCGUCUCCGACGGUGACCACCUGGGCUCCCUGGGCGACCAUCUGAGCGAGGACCAUUUCCCGGCCGACUACAGCUCCGGCGGCGGCGGUGAGGAGUACGCCGAGGCCAGCGAGAUCCACUCGCACUACGAGGAGCACCACGAGGACGAUCACAAGCCGGUGCCCGGCAUCGACCACGGCAAGGGCGCCUUCAGCUACAGCACCCUGUACGAGUUCAAGGACCGUGACGAGCACGAGAUCCACCAGCUCCAGCACCAGGCCCUGGAGCAGCAGGUGGAACACCAGCAGGCGGAGAUCCACCACCUGGAGAGCCACGAUCAUGACCUGGGCCUGGGUGUGGGCCACCUGGAGGAGCUCUACUAA